ACAUGAAAGCCGCUCUGUCGUCGUGUCAGCGGUGUCGUCGCCUCUGACGCGAACCGCGAAACCGUCGGCGCCGCUUCCGUCACUGUCCGCCGCACAGAGCGGCUUUCACGGACGCGUCCUUUUGACGAGAUGUCCCUGCCAACCUCGAUGCUAACGAGCUGUGAUGUCAUGGCGGCUGCCGGAGUGAGCAGAGCCUCGGCUGCACAGACCACGGAGAAAUCUCGGCUCAUCCUCAAAGUGGUUUCAGCGAAGCCCCAGUCUCCUAAGCUGCCUAACCGCCACUCUCGACUCAGCUCCUUUGUGGAGGUGACGGCCGACGGUUUGACGAGUGAAACCAAAAAAACUGGCAAACGAAGUGGACAUGUCGAGCUGCAGUGGAAUGAAGACCUCACCCUUAAUGUGACGCCUCAGAGUCGCCUGGAUCUGAAGCUGUGGAGCUGCCACACUCUGAGGAAGGAGCUGCUGGGCAGCGCCACCAUCGACCUCCUGGACACACUGCGCACACAUGACGGCAAGAUGGAGAACGUCCAGCUAAGUCUGGUGCUGCAGACGGAGAACAAAGGCCUGGUUGUAGCAGGAGGCGAACUCAACGUCUGUCUGGACGGCAUGGUUGUUGAUCUGGGCUCGCUGCCCAACUGCAGUACGGCAGCAGACAAGAUGCUUCAGUCAGAAAGACCGAACCUGAGGAGGACACUGAGUGAAGAGACGCCCACUGCUGCUGGACCUCACAGCAGGAGUAACAGACACUCGGUGGGGGCUUCACAGAGUGCUUCUCCAGGGUGCUCCAGUAGGAGCUCUCUGACUAAUGGGGAGCUGCCUGAGGAGCAGAGCCCAGCGCCGGGUUCCUCCGCUCACCGUCUCUCCUCUAAGAGUGCUGGAAGUCCAGGAAACAGCGCAGACAAAGUAGAGUUGUCGUCAAAUGGGCCAGAGAGCAGUCACGGCGGUGUGGCCUGUCACACGCCUCCUCCACUCGCGCCGUCGUGCGUAUCCCCGGCUGCCGGUGGCGGCAGCAGCAGCAGCAGCAGUCCUCCUCCAGGACAGGACGUUCUGUGUCCAGCAGGUCCAGCAGAGCCCGGUCUGAACUCCAUGCCCAGCACCAGCAGCAGCACGGAGCAGACGAGCAGCAACACGACGACAGAGUCCCUCCCUGCAGGUUGGGAGCAGCGAGUGUUGCCUCAUGGCAGAGUGUACUACGUCGACCACAACACCAAAACCACAACCUGGGAGAGACCACUGCCUCCAGGAUGGGAGAAGCGAGUGGACCAACAGGGCAGGUUCUACUACGUGGACCACAACACCAGGACCACCACGUGGCAGAGGCCCACGGCUGAGUCGGUGCGGAACUACCAGCAGUGGCAGAGUCAGCGCAGCCAGCUGCAGGGAGCCAUGCACCAGUUCAGCCAGCGCUUCCUCUACCAGCCGUCGGGUGCUCCGGUGGAAAAUGACCCUCUGGGCGCGCUGCCUCCUGGAUGGGAGAAGCGUCAGGACAAUGGACGAGUUUACUUUGUCAACCAUAACACGAGGACGACGCAGUGGGACGACCCGCGGACCCAAGGGAUGAUCAAGGAGCACCCCCUGCCCCCGGGCUGGGAGAUGAAGUACACCGCAGAGGGAGUCCGAUAUUUUGUGGACCACAACUCUCGCACGACCACCUUUAAAGAUCCUCGACCCGGGUUUGAGUCAGGAUCUCGACAGGGAGGUUCACCCGGCGCUUACGACCGCAGUUUCAGGUGGAAAUACCACCAGUUCCGUUUCCUGUGCCAUUCCAACGCGUUGCCCAGUCACGUGAAAAUCUCUGUGUCCAGACAGACGCUGUUUGAGGACUCGUUUCAGCAGAUCAUGAACGUCAAGCCGUACGACCUCCGUCGUCGUCUCUACAUCAUCAUGAGAGGAGAGGAGGGGCUGGACUACGGCGGCAUCGCCAGGGAGUGGUUCUUCCUCUUGUCUCACGAGGUCCUGAACCCCAUGUACUGUCUGUUUGAAUACGCCGGCAAGAACAACUACUGUCUCCAGAUCAACCCGGCGUCGUCCAUCAACCCAGAUCACCUGACCUACUUCCGCUUCAUCGGUCGCUUCAUCGCCAUGGCAUUGUAUCAUGGGAAGUUUAUUGACACCGGCUUCACGCUGCCGUUCUACAAACGUAUGUUGGACAAGAAGCCGACGCUCAAAGACCUGGAGUCCAUCGAUCCAGAGUUUUAUAACUCCAUCAUGUGGGUGAAAGAGAACAACCUGGAAGAAUGUGGUGUGGAGCUCUACUUCGCUCAGGACAUGGAAAUCCUGGGGAAAGUGUCGACUCACCAGCUGAAGGACGACGGAGAGAACGAGCUGGUGACGGAGGACAACAAAGAGGAGUACAUCAGUCUGUUGACAGACUGGAGAUUCACUCGUGGUGUAGAAGAACAAACCAAAGCUUUUCUGGACGGAUUCAACGAGGUGGUUCCUCUGGAGUGGCUGCGUUACUUUGAUGAGAAGGAGCUGGAGCUCAUGCUCUGUGGGAUGCAGGAGAUCGAUAUGUCAGACUGGCAGAGGAACACGAUCUACAGACACUACACCAAGAACAGCAAACAGAUCCACUGGUUCUGGCAGGUGGUGAAGGACAUGGACAACGAGAAGAGAAUCCGUCUGCUUCAGUUUGUGACAGGAACCUGUCGACUUCCUGUUGGAGGCUUCAAUGAGCUUAUAGGAAGUAACGGUCCCCAGAAGUUCUGCAUCGACAAAGUGGGGAAAGAGACUUGGCUUCCAAGAAGUCACACAUGCUUCAACCGCCUGGACCUGCCGCCGUACCGAAGUCUGGAGCAGCUGCGAGAGAAACUGCUGUUCGCCAUCGAGGAGACGGAGGGGUUCGGUCAAGAGUGACCCGAGAGGGCGGGGAAACAAAAUGGCCCGAAGGAGGAGUUGUACAUUCAGUGGGACAGUUUUUGUUUUUGUUGUUAAUGAUAAUGAAAUAAAGUUUUCAUUUGUUAAUCACUGGGCGGAGAAAUCGCCCUAUCACAGUCAGUCAGGGCGAUCAUGUGACGGAAAGAAUUAUAUUUGUCUCGGCUCAGAAAAAAACCUGUUUUAAACCUUUUAAAAAAGACGCCCCGACAGGAAGUGUGUGUGUGUUUGUACAGGAAGUGACAGGUCGGGCACUUUUGUCCGACAGGUGACAGAAGGGACUUAUUUUUUUUUAAUUUUCCUGUUCAGUGUGAAAUUCAGAGAAAUAUUGAAUCUCAUGUACAUAACAACAAAUAAAUGAAAUUUCAAUCUUGA